AUGACGACCCCGGUAGCUGCAGCAAAGCAGCAGUUUAGAACAUUGAUAAAAAAGCGUCUUGCCAGCCUUUCUCAUGAUGCUGUUCAAGCUCAAAGUAAGCUGACGCUAUCAUUCUUUACGCGAGCCGUAGUAUUGAAACAACCAGGUCGCGCCGUCUUUGAGGCCCUUCAAGCCUCGCAGCAGUACAGAGAUGCCAAGCGCAUAAGUAUCUAUCUAGCUAUGCCGGCAGCCGAAAUUCAAACCGACGCCAUCGUUCGCCAUGCUCUCACUGCUGGCAAGCAAGUCUUUGUACCUUAUCUUCACAAGUCAACUCUGUCCGAACCCGACGCACCCGCUCGCAUCAUGGACAUGGUACAUCUGCGCAGUAUUCAGGAUUAUGAGUCUCUCGGCCGCGACAAAUGGGGCAUCCCCAGUAUCAAUGCCGACGCUGUUGCUGGCCGUGAGCGAAUUUUGGGUGACUCACCAGGCAACUUUGGCCCUUCCCCGGCUACCCUGGAUCUCAUGUUGGUUCCGGGUGUUGCCUUUAAUGCAGAUCCCGAGACCGGGAUACGGCGGUUGGGUCAUGGAAAAGGGUUUUACGACUUUUUCCUGAACCGAUACUUCGCCAGAGCUGCGGAACAUGGUGGCCAUGGGUCAUCGUUGCAGCUCACUGGCUUGGCCUUGGCGGAGCAGUGGUUAAGCGCUGAAGAUGGGCAGGUUCCCAUGGGCAUCUACGAUCGACGACUUCACAGUCUAAUACUCGGAAGCGGCGAAACAAAACAAUGA